AUGUCCGACCAAGGCAGACGACAUGAACUCCUCACCACAUCAGCCGUGUUGAUUGCCCUUUCAACUACUACCGUCGUACUACGACUAACCGUACGCUUCUUUAUCGUCAAGAAGCCUGGAAUGGACGAUUAUAUGAUGCUGGGUAGCACGCUUUUCAACGUUGGGUACUUAGUAUGCAUUGUAUGCAUUCAAGCGGAUGGGCUAGGAUUCCCAAUGAGGACGUUGACUUCCGAAAAUAUGAGGAGUUUUCUCAAAUUAUCAAUCGUGAUCGAAGUGAUCUACUACACCAUCAUCCUUUUCAUCAAAAUUUCGAUCGUGUUCAUGUACUUGCGAUUUGCUGUCAGCAAGACCUUCAGACGGUUCUGCUAUGGCACGAUAGCGAUUCAAACCCUGCUCUUCAUGGCCUCCGUCACCGGCACUCUACGUCAAUGCAGACCGCUUGAAAAGGUCUGGGACGUCCCUCGACUGGUGUCUGGCACGUGCAUAAAUUCGACCGCCUUCUUUUACGCUAUCUCAAGCUUGAACAUCUCGACGGAUAUUUGGAUCCUCGGCUUGCCCAUACCGACAUUAAGGGCCAUCCAUAUAUGCCGAAGAGAGAAAUACGGACUCUAUUGCGUCUUCGGCAUCGGCAUCUUCGCGACUGCGCUGUCCAUAGUGCGUUUGCAGUCCAUCUACACGUACACCCUCUCCAUUGAUCCCAUCCACGACGGAAUACUGAUAAACCUAUGGUCCAUAAUCGAAAUCAAUAGCGCAAUAGUGUGCGCCAACAUUCCCGCAUUGAAAAUUCUGUUCACACCGCGACUUCUGAUUGAGCAGACGAGAACCAAUAAUAGGUCGACCUGUUUCGGGUCGCUUGAGGCCUGA